AUGACAUCUCAGUUGAUGUGUCAUCUUUUCGAUGGUCAUAGUGGUACCAAAGCUGAUAUUGUUGCUAACAAUUUAGGGAAAAACAUUAUAACUGAAAUGAAGAGAAAAGAUGAAGACAUAGAAAAGACGGUUGCUAAUGGGUAUAUGGAGGCUGAUGCAGAGUUCCUUAAAGAAGAAGCUGUAAGUGGAUCUUGCUGUGUCACUGCUCUCAUUAAUAAGGGUGAUCUUAUUAUGUCAAAUGCUGGUGAUUGUCGGGCUGUCUUGAGCAUUUCGGGUGCCGCUGAGGCACUUACUUCGGAUCAUCGGCCAUCGAGGGAGGAUGAAAGGGAGAGAAUUGAGAACCUCAGUGGCUAUAUUGAUUUUUGCCAAGGAUUAUGGAGAUUGCAAGGCACACUAGCCGUUUCAAGGGGAAUUGAAGACUCUCAUUUGAAACAAUUUGUCAUACAGGACCCAGAAACAAGAAUGCUUCCAAUUAAACCCGAAUUCGAGUUUUUGAUUCUCGCCUGUGAUGGGUUGUGGGAUAAGGAAGGUGAGUUUCAGGUUAGCAAUAAGGAGGCUUUAGAUAUAGCUCGACCCUUCUACACAGGCACUCAUUGUUCAUCACCACUCUCUGCUUGUAAAAAGCUUGCUGAUCCCUUUGCUAAUCGAGGCACUGUUGAUGAUAUUAGUAUGAUGAUAAUUCAGUUGAAGCGUUUCGUUUUAAGGUCGUUUGAAGGGAAGAAUGGUGUUUUCGAGUGGACGGAUGAAGCAAAUGCAACUUUUGCCCUUAUUAAGGAGAAGAUUACCACUGCACCUAUCUUGGCGUUUCCGGAUUUCGACAAGCUCUUUAAGCUUGAGUGUGACACGUGUGGUGUAGGUAUUGGAGCAGUAUUUUCUCAAGAGAAGUGGCUCAUUGCUUUCUUGAGUAAGAAGUUGAAUGAAGCUCGACAGAAGUGGAGUACUUACGAGCAGGAGUUGUAUGUUGAUGAAGUACGUACAAAGCUCGAGAAGGCUAAUGCAAAGUUCAAGGCGCGAGCAGACAAGAAGAGGCGACUCAAGGUGUUUAAUGAAAGAGACAUGGUGAUGGUUUACUUGCGGAAAGAACGGAUACCGGUUGGAACUUAUAGCAAGCUUAAGCCGAAACGAUAUGGCCCGUUCAAGAUUCUCAAGAAGAUCAAUGAUAAUGCAUAUGUAGUGGAUCUUCCAGAAGGAAUGGCUAUGUCGGCAACAUUUAACAUGACGAAUAUUUCUGAUUAUCAUCCUUCAAUCAAGUUGUAUUCGAGUUUUUCCGAAGGAGGGACUGAUAUAGGAGAUCAAAUAUUGGACGAGACGAGGAGAAAAAACAGCCGAUCAAGUUUUGGAUGA